UCGCAUAUUUAUCCAGCUAGCUGAUCGGUAGCUUUUGUGUCAGGAUGGUGUCAGUGGUGUGUCAGUGUUUGUCCGUUGUUUCUGGCUAAAGGUAUCUGGCAUUUGGCGGCUUUAAUGUUCCGUGCAGCUAAUCUAAAAACCAUCGGCAAAGCGGGAACCGGCUGGCACUUUCGCCGGACGAUGGACGAGCUGGUCCAUGACCUGGUGUCAGCACUGGAGGAGAGCUCGGAGCAAGCUGCUCGUGGUGGUUUUGGUGAUGGAGGAGACCAUGCACUGGCAGUGGGCUGUCUGCUGAAAAGACAGGCUCGGAAGCGGAGGGGCAGAAAACGACGCUCGGACAACCCGCACCCACCCUGGGAGACAGGCCACCUCAGUGAGGGUUCAGAGUCCAGUGUGGAAGAACACAAGGACUACCGCAACAGCACAGGAGGUGUCUCUGCUGCCAACAGCCAUGCCCGCGACAACAGCGACUCGGAUGAACAACUUGGCCCCAAACGCCGCACCCCCCUCACAGCUGACAUGGGACGAAGCAAGAGGCCGCUUUGGCCGGAUGACCUGGGUGUGCUGGGGUCUGCAGAGGGAACUCGCAGUCUUAGGCGACGACGUAAGGUCAAACGUAUGGCUGUAGACCCUCCCGUGGAGUCAGAACCCCCCUCCUCCACCAUGCUAGGGCCCCCACCUGUUCCCAAAGCCCGUGUUGGCGGCAGGCCCCCUAGACUGGGUGCAGGGCAGGAGGGAAGGGUUGGCAUGGAGCUUUGUGGAGGUGGCCUGGUAGGGCCAGGGGGAGGGAAGAGCAGGGUAAAGAAGAGGAAACUGGCCACACACAGGCUGGGACUAGAGGCUACGGAUGAAGGGGUGGUGGUGGAGAGUGAAGACCCCAUCUCAUCUCCAACAGAAGGGUCCAAAGACAAGAUGGAGCUGGAGGAGCAGAAGGGUUCGGAUGAAGACAUGAGUGACAGGUGUGAAACCAGCAGUGUCAGUAACAGCAGCGACGGAGGCCUCUACACCAAUGAUGAAGGGAGGCAAGGUGACGACGAGCAGAGCGACUGGUUCUAUGAGGGUGAUCCAGGCUCCGGUUCAGGACCCGGGGGUGCAUGUGGGGUGGCAGGCGUGGUCCCCUGGUGGGAGAGAGAGACGGGGUCCGAGGAGCUGGACCUAGUUGACCCUGUCUUCAACAGCAUCCUCACUGGAUCCUUCCCCCUCAUGAGCCCUGGAGCACAGAGAGGGUUCCAGGCCAGGCUGAGUCGUCUCCAUGGAAACCAGCAGGCAUCCGAGGCAGGGCUGCAGGGCAGCACCAGUCAGGGCUUCAACGACAGACUGGGCAGACAAACCCAAGACUCCCACGAGCCGUGGUUCAGCUCAGGCUCAAGGAGGGAACACGGACAGUUGCACUGGGACUCGCGGACGGACAGAGGCCAUCGGAGAAGCUGUUCAGUAAAAACAGCCAGCAGACAGACCAGCGGGCACCUUGGCUCUCUGUGUACGGGCGAUGUCAAGCGGAGGCGAAAAGCAGCCCCCCUCGGUUCCACCGCACCCUCAGGAGUGGUCGGGGAGAGUGCGCCUCCCAUCCCUGACUCAAACAUGGGAAGCCGUAUGUUGCAGAGCAUGGGCUGGAGCCCGGGGAUGGGCCUGGGUCCAGAUGGAAGGGGUAUCACCGAGCCCAUCCGGGCCACACAGAGACCCAAGGGCACAGGUCUAGGUUUCAACUGAACACCCGGUUACUGGAUCCUGAACCUGAAGCAGGCCCAGUGAAACACGUCCCAAGAGCUACAAGGAGGACGGAGAUGAAAUGCUGCUCAGGCCAAUGAACAAUUUUAAAAAAUUAAAUAAAAAAAAAAAACACGGUCAAGAAUAAUCCAGGCAGUAGAGUUCGUGAUGAGAGAGAAACUUUCCCAUAUUGUGGAAACUGCAAGAGACAGACUGCUCGGACAAACGGACAGAAUGACACAAGAAUGACUGAGACUGAGCAGGAGAAAAAGACUUGUCCUGUCAAGAAACUCCACGUUGGAGAAAAUAAAUGACACUGAUGCCUCAUUGUUAGUGUGUUAAGCUGGCAUGCUGCCUCAGCCCUUUUACCUCAGAUGCCAGCAUUACAGGCCAGAGAACUGGGUUAAUGCUGAAGAUGACCAUACACCGAGAGCCAAUGACGACAGUUUGGUUUAAUUUCAGUCAGCGGUAUAGGUUAGUGAAUUAACGACGAAUGGUUUUGUCUCCUAUUGCACAAGUUCAUCAGAAUCAAAGACGAGUUGAGUAGGCCAUACCUCAAGAUUUAUAUUAGGUUACCUUUUUAUUGUGAUAAGUUAGGGUACACUGUAUGGAUGCGUGUUGGGAUUAUCUGGAUGUGUUUUUUUUCCCAUCCAUUUUACUGUUCAUUUUAACGGAAGAAGUCAUCAGAAUGUUUUUAUCUAUCCGAAAACAAAAAAAAAAGAUAAAAGUCAAAACCAUAAUUUUCCCUUCAUUCGGCACUUCUAUGUAUGCAUGUGCAGCUGUGACUACAGCGGGUUUCUGCUGAUGUUUACCAAGAAAAACGUGAAGUAAAGUCUCGCCAACUAACUGCUUUACUGUCCCAUCUGACCCAGUAUUUUUCAUUUCGGUAUUUUAUCCCGACUGCUUUUGUUCUGCAGUAUCUAAGCUUACCGAAGCCAUGCAGUGAGGGAGUAAAUGACUGUGAGGUUAUGGAAAUUCUGGUGAAGUACAAAAAAAAAAAGAAUACAUUCAGCUAAAAACAAUAUGAAGUAAUGUACUGUUAUAAUACAAGAGGCACUACAUACCUGUGACUAACAGGUGUUUUCACACAAUUUGACUGAUUAGACCUUUUUCCUCAGGACUGUGAACGAGUACAAACUGUGAUUGAUUGAGAGCUAAUCAGGCAGAAUUGAGAACACCUGUGUGGUCAUUGAGGACCCUUUAAGACAAUAAAAAAACGGUAGAGGAAA